AUGGAUAUCGACAGCCCGGAUCAAACUCACGGGCCCUAUGUCCCUUUUACACAAGCUUUCUGGGAUUCUCUAGCUGGGCUAUCUCGCACUGCAUACCAGACUGCUCUCGAAGCUUACUCUACAGUACUAGCAGCAUCUCCGGAGAACCAGUGUAUUCGUCUUCGUGAAUCUCAGGUGCUUCCAGCUGUCAAUUAUCAGGAAGGCCGUGACGUCCUGUAUAUAUCUGGUACUGGUUCUGGAAAAACCAUGCAGAUCAUCAUCUCGGCUCUGCUCAACCCUGACGCCACCAUCUUGGUCAUGUCACCGCUGUUGCGCUUGCAAGAGACGAUGACGAAGGAAAUAGAGCGUUUUCGGGGUUUGCGUGCGAUUGCUGUGAACAGUGAGAUGCACCAUGAUUCCAAGACUUGGACGGACAUCGAGAAAUGCCGUUACAACGUCAUCCUGACCUCGCCCGAACAGUGCAAGCCAGUUCAAGGCCAUCCGACACGGCUCUUCCGCCUUCUCCAAAAGCCAAAAUUCAUCGCGCGCAUCCGGCGCCUCGUCGUUGAUGAAUGCCAUCUCGUCUUUCUAUGGGGUCUCAUGCUCGGGAAGACUCUUGCUUUUCGACCGUGCUGGGGGCGAAUUGGCGAGUGGAGAAUUCAGUAUCCCACUGGUACUCCAUGCCUUGCGCUCACCGCCACAGCUCCGCCACAUCUCGAGUCUGCUAUCACUGCCAGUCUCAAAAUGGACGACCCUAUCAUACAUAGAUCGACCAUCAAUCGCCCGAACAUGACAUAUGCUGUCCAUCCUGUCCACGGAACCCUCAAAAACUUUCUGAACCUUCGUUUCCUUAUUCCUGAUCUCUUGGACUUCAUAGAACCCGACUCGAUCUCAGCUGACGAAGUGCUCAGGCUCUUCUCAAAGACCAUUGUGUUUAUGGACGAAAAGUCGCUCAUCACCGCUUCGGUUUUUGCCCUCUACUCGUACUUUCCAGCUUGGCUUCGUCCGCACCUCCAGGAGCUCGGUCUGAUCCGUGUCUAUCACUCGGAUAUGUCUAGCGGCUAUCUUGACGAUUCGUAUUCUAGCUUUGCUGAUGAACACGGCUUCUGCAUGAUCCUCAUAGCUAGCAGUGGCGCUGCCCAGGGCCUUGAUUUCCGAAACAUUCGUGUUGCGGUCCAGUAUGGCAUGUGUUCGAGCAUGGAGGAGCUGCUGCAACGACUGGGACGUGCUGUUCGUGACGCCUUAUUGCAAGGUCUCGGUCUUCUGCUCGCUGAGAAGUGGGCGUACUCAAAAUCGGAGAAGCCCUCGGCUAAAGAACUUCGAACAUCCGACGCAGUCAAGCAAUACGCUAUCUGUCCUACCUGCAAGAGGAGAUACAUCAAGAAGUAUGUUGGUGAUGAAUCUCCCGAAGCAUUGGAUGUUGUUGAUGGCUGUACAUGCUGCGACGGUCACGGUAAUUUCGAUCUACAGAGCUACUUUCCAGGCAAGCUCUACUACGGUCCUCCAUCUCCAACUUCGUCUAGCAGCGCUGCAAAGCGCAAGCGUAGCAGCGGCCCUCGGUAUCGUCCAGCUUGGCAACGUGCUCCACUCGGACGUUUGAUCAACGUCUGGCUUCGUUCCGCUACCGCUAUGCUCAAGGGAUAUCCUCGGUACUUCGUCCUAUCUGAAGGCGACAUCGCUCGGCUUGUCAAGAUUCACCCUAGCAAGCUCAAGACCUCUGUCGACUUAUUGGCGGUCCUUGGGCGGUCUAGGGACAUAGAGUGGAAGGAUAGGUUCUCUGGUGGGCUUAUGGCUGUGAUAGAGCGAUUUCCGGGCGAGGCGAAGACGAACAAGAAGGUGUGGGAGGAUGAACACAAAGCAGAGGUGAAGAGAAGGAAGGAGGAGAAGAAUGCGAAGAAAAUGGAGGCUAAGGCAAGGAAGGAUGCGAGGAUGGCGAUGCAAUCGAUCACAUCAGUUGUUACAGAGGUAAAUGGUGAUCGUGGCUCAGCAGAAGGCAUUGGAGCGGUGAAUGAUGAGGGCGUUGGUGGCGAUGAGGGUGCAGACGAAGCCGAUAACAAUGAGGUUGACAUGGAAGGUGAUGAUGGCGAAGGAGAAGAAGGAGAAGACGAAGAUGAAGACGAAGACGAAGCUCGUGCUCAGAGUGGGGCGAAGAGACGGAGAGUCGGAGGUCAGUAG